GAGAUUUUCUGGCUUCGUCCAAGGCCCCGAGCCAUGGGCAGCAAGAAGAAGGAGACUGCCCUGCAGGUCAACAUCAACACCCAGGAGCUUUGGGAAGAAAUGCUCGGCUCCAAAGGACUGACCGGUGAUUCGAAAUGAAACCAUGUCCCCUGAUCCAUUCUUUUUGAAAUCAUUCCGUAAUGCAUGUGAAGAAGGGGUUACAACAAGCUGCAUUUGCUUUUAAGCCUGGGUCUCAAUCCCUAGAACUGCAUAAGCCAGUUGUGGACGUCUACCAGGGCUGGUGUGGCCCCUGUAAACCUGUGGUUAGCCUCUUCCAGAAGAUGAGGAUCGAGGUUGGUUUGGACCUUCUUCAUUUUGCUUUGGCAGAGGCAGACUGUCUUGAUGUUCUGGAAAAAUACCGAGGGAAGUGCGAGCCAACCUUUCUGUUCUAUGCGGGAGGCGAGCUGGUGGCUGUGGUGAAGGGAGCCAAUGCCCCCCUGCUUCGGAAGACCAUCUUACACCAGCUGGAGGUCGAGAAGAAGGUUCUGGCUGAAGGCAGGGAACGGAACGUGGUGACUGACGAGGUUCUUUCUGGCGUAGCCAAGUGUCCUCCCCGAGAAAAGGGUGGUGGUGAAGAGGAGGAGAUAGCGUCACCAGAGAAGACCUGUACAUUAGCCAUCAUUAAGCCAGACGCGGUGGCCCAUGGAAAGGCUGAUGAGAUCAUGAUGAAGAUCCAGGAAGCAGGAUUUGACAUUCUAUCAAAUGAAGAGAGAACCCUGACAGAGGCAGAAAUGCAAGUGUUCUAUCAACACAGAGCCGGGGAGGUCAGCUCAUCUGCUCCUACUGGUCCAUCUCACUCUCUCUUCUCCUCCUCCAACACUAUGCUGACAGGUUUAGGAGUUGGGGAGAGCAAUACGAAGAACAAGAACAGGAACGGCAAGUGGGAGGCAUUUGAGAAGCUAGUACAUCACAUGUGCAGUGGACCCAGCCACCUCCUGAUCCUCACCAGGACCGAGGGCACCGAGGAUGUAGUCACUGCUUGGCGAACCUUCCUGGGGCCUUGUGACCCCAAUGUGGCCAGGAGGGAACAUCCUGAAAGUCUCCGGGCUCAGUAUGGCACAGAAAUGCCCUUUAAUGCUGUGCAUGGAAGCCGGGACAGAGAAGAUGCCAACCGAGAGCUGGCCCUGCUCUUCCCCAGUUUCAAGUUUUCAGAUAAAGACACGAAAGCCCCACAGGGGUCUAUUGACAGUCAAGAGGAGUUUGGAGGUAAAGGGUGGGACCUCAGGAGGGCCCCGUGCAGGUGCUGAGGCUCAAAGAGUGGUGAGCCCCAUGGAGGCCCUUUGCAUCUCUAAGCAUAUCUGAGGACUGGAACACUACUGCCUUCUGCCAAGAUCAAGAUCACAAGGCCGCCAGAGGGGCCACUGGCAUGCUCAUGUCUGCACAGGAGGACCUUCAGAGGAUGGUUUCAGAGCACCAAUAUGUUCUUGGUUCAGCCCUGGUUUGUAGACAAUGAAAAUAACUGUCUUACUAGACAGUCUACAGAACAUACCCUACCUCCUAGUCACUGCACUCAAUUGAGGCAAUGGUGUCACCUCUGAGGACAUUGGAUCCCCCCAACAAUAAAUCUACUGUUUUGAGCCUA